CGACAGACUGCGCGACCCUUGCCCGCAAGAGUACGUGGCCGAUCGAUACUUGUGAGCGAGUGGCUGAAGUGGUUUACUCAUUUUUUAAAUCGCACUUCGAGAAAACAUGUCUGAAAAACAUGCAAAACCCAACUUCAGUCUGGCCCAGGCCACUGACAUGCUGAAGAGCCUGUAUGACCUUACGACCUCUCAGAUCCACACCCUGCCCAGUUACGAUGACCAGAACUUCUAUGUCUUAUCCACAAAUGGAAAAGAGUACGUUCUAAAAAUUAUGAACUCUGAAGACAGCAAAAACCAGUCCCUUAUUGAAGUCCAGACUUUUGCCAUGUCCUUCUUAAAUGAGAAUGGGAUUCCAGCUCAAACUGCUACACCAACAGUCACAGGACAACUCAUGAGUCUUGAAGAAUUAGAUUGUGGCUAUGGUCACCAGAAGUAUCUUGUUCGACUGUUAAGUUAUUUACCUGGAAAAACAAUAUCCAAAGUCCCCCUCACACCACAGUUACUAUUUGAGACUGGUAAGAUGGCAGCUAAAAUGGACAAAAUUCUACAAAAGAUGGACCAUCCUUAUAUCAGAGAGUUGGACAGAGAUGGAUUCAUUUGGAGUUUGUCAAACCUUCUUGUAUUAGAAAAAUAUCUGUAUGUAUUAGAUGGAGAGCCACUACAAGAGGUGGUUAAGUCAGUUAUUGAUCUCUACAAGACUACAGUAGUACCCAGUUACCCACGAUUCCGCAAAUGCAUAAACCACGGAGACUUCAACGACCUUAAUGUGCUUGUCCAACCUGAUAACAAUGGCUGCCACAAGAUUUGUGGCAUACUAGACUUUGGAGACAUGAACAGUGGAUUUUACAUUAAUGAGUUGGCUAUUACUAUAAUGUACAUGAUGAUAGAACACCCAAACCCCAUAGAAGUGGGAGGAGCAGUGCUGGCGGGAUGGGAGAGUGAACUUCCCCUGAAUGAGGCAGAGAGGGACUGUUUGUAUAUAUUGGUCGUAGGCCGAUUCUGUCAGUCCCUGGUUUUAGCCCAUUAUUCUGUUCUUAUGCACCCGGAGAAUGAGGAGUAUCUGAUGACAACAUCGAGGAAAGGUAUCAGUAUUCUUCGGGACAUCUGGAAAUUGGGCAAACAGCACGUGGAGAAAGUAUGGUUUGACAGUGCGGUGCAGUUUUGUAAUUCAAAAUUAGAUGGAACGUUCAACUCUUAAAGGUCUCACAUUAUGCUAUUUUCUGAUCCAUGUUAUAUUCCUCAUCUAAAACAUAUCUUGAGUUGUAGGCUGUAUUCUUUUCUCAAACAGAAAACACUCUGUUCCACUUCGUGCUGUAAUGUGGUAAUACAUGAAGUGCUCCACUGUGUUUUUAAACUCUGUACAUCCUCACUAGAAUUAUUUGGAUACUUUCAGAUCUGGAAUUGACAAUCUCUACUAAACAAAAGGUUAAGUGUUAACUUGAAAACCACCGCUUCAUGGCAUGACAAGGUGAAACAGCAGUUUGAGCUUUAGAGAUGUAGUCAGACUAAAAAUAAAAGAAUACUCAAACAUGUAUGAAUUAAACAGAAAACAACUCCAGGUAUGUUUUUGAUGUGAUAACAACAUUCUAUCAUGGCUUAAAACUCACAUGAGUCAAUUUUGUGUAAUGUAAGGACCUUUAAAUAUCAAAGUGCCUCAACAAUCAUGUUCUGUAUGUAUAAUACAUACGUAUUAUAUGAUUCAUCAUAGUUUUAUUAUUAAAACCAAUACAUUUUUUUUAACUUCAUAUGAAAUUUCUACCCGUGAAUUUUAGAAUGAUGAAAAAUCAGGAUUGUUGCUAUAGCAAUUUAAAGAUACAAAGCUAACAUACACGAUCAUUCCCACAUACAGUGGCUCUCUCUUUUGUGCAUCGAGGAAAAACUUAUCUGAUUUUCCUUUUUAGCACAUGAUAAUUAGAAUUUACUGGAUUGUGAGCUCAAAGUCAUAAAGAAAUAUAAAACUUUUUUUUUAUUUUUUAUGUAUUUCAGACAGAUUUGACAGUGAGUCCACCACACACCACUAAAGGGGGCUUCAAAGCAGUCAUGAGCACUGUGUGGUGUGUGCAACAGUUAAGUCAUGUAGUUGUACUGAUUUGGAUAUUGCUGGAUUAUGUAAUAGUGCUGGUUUUAAUUGGUUGCUAGUGUUAUGGAAUUUUAGAGUCACAGUAUUUCAAAGUAAAACUUUGUCAAGAGAGCCCUUUAUAACAGAAUGUUGAACCUGAAACACUGGUGGUCCCAUAAAUAAAUGAAUAACAAAAUGGAUACAAAUGUCCACUGUGACAACUAUGAGGAAGACGCUAAACAACAUGUGUGGGCAGCUCAGGAUUACAUUCACUCAUUUGGGAAUACAAGAGUAAAUAAAUAGGACAUGCUUGAUGUUCUAAUCUUUGGAUUAUUGUUGCACUUACUGUUUUACUCAGGUCAAUCUGACUCAUUAUUAUCACAAGAGUAGCACCACUUGUUACACAUAGUCAGAAUCAUUUCUCAUCUCUCUCAUUUUUGUGUUUUUUGUGUUUGUAUAGACUAUCACUUCUUAUUCAAAAAUAUAUUUAACACAUUUUCUGAUCUCAAAAUACUUAAUAAUAAAUAAACUGUCCCAAAAUUGUUUUUCUAUUUUUUUUUCUUAAUUUGAGCAAGUAUGAUUCAGCGUAAGUAUAAACUGAAACUCUCCUGUGGCCUGCAUUUUAAGUUAUUCUACGACAGAACGUGAUGGGAAACUUUGACAUAGAGUUAAACAACUUCUACUUAAUAUUCUAUUCUACUUCAAAAUAUAACUUUGAAUUUAUAAUACAAUGUAAAACCUACUCGUUCCAUAAAGUGAGUAAGUGACAAAGCUUUAUGUUGACCAAUUAAUGUUAAAGAUGAAUUAAAAAGUCCUUUAGUAAUAUUAUUCUGAAGCAAUGGUAUUUUACUAAUGCAUUUGUUACAUUAUUAUUUUUAUUAUACAUUGUUAUUUUCUUUUACCUUGCACUACAUUUUCCUUUCCUAAACAAGAUACACACAAAAUACUCCCCCUAUCCAUAGCCACACCUACAAAGACUCAAAACCUAAAUGCACCUACUUAUUCAUU